GUGUAUCUCUUUGGACAAACAACAUUAAUGGCGGCGAGAGAGUGUUUGUUUAAUCCCGGAGGCAGCUGAGUCCUGUAGAAUCAGUAUUAAUAUAUAUCCCUAAAGAACUGCUGUGACAUUAUGACGUGAAGAGAUUUGAUGCAAAGAUGCGAAAAACUUGUUUGUCAUGGACUGGGUUAAUAAUGACGGCGUACACGAGUAUGAUUUAUUAAUUACUCAAUAAAAACUUCGCACAGUAUGCAGCAAGUUGUUAAUAUGACCAAAGAUGGACUACAUCUGUCAUCAGAUGAUGGUGUCUCUGUGUACUGUGAUGCUGUUUUGUUACAAAACACAACAGAUGGGAAGAUUCAAGCAUCAAGAAGUCAGGCAGAUAAAGAAAGAAAUCCAGACAGAAUUAGUCUUGACAGGAGAGGUUUGACAAAAUUUCCCCAACUUUCUGAGGAGCCAAGGCUUCGUUUACUUUCUCUACAACAUAAUCUCAUUUCAAGGGUAGACAGUUUAGCAGACUCUGGACUCUCUAAGCUUGUUUUUCUAGAUAUGUACGACAAUCAACUAGAAAAGAUUUCAGGACUCGAGAGCCUUGAGAAUUUAAGAGUGCUCUUGAUGGGAAAAAAUAGGAUACGAAGGAUAGAAGGUUUAAAUAACCUUGUUAAACUGGAAGUGUUGGAUCUACAUGGAAAUCAGAUAUACCAAGUUGGAGGACUGUCAUCACUGAAUGAGUUGAAAGUAUUAAAUCUUGCUGGAAAUCAGAUUAGAGUGAUAGGUGCAACAGAUUUAAAUGGGCUGGGUUCUCUGCAAGAACUAAAUCUUCGGAGAAAUAGAUUGAAGCGCCUCUUAGGAUUUGGUGAAACAAUACACUUGAGAAAACUUUUCCUCAGUAAUAAUGAUCUUCAGCAGGUUGAAGAUAUGAAUAGCGUUGUCAGAGCUACAGAGCUUGAGGAAGUGACAAUUGAUGGAAAUCCUGUUGCUCUCGGAGGUGAUUGUGUCUCAUUUUUAGUGUCCUACCUGCCAACCUUAAAAUUUCUUAGUCAUAUGGAAGUAACUGAAUCUGUUAGGAAAGCUGCAAUGUCCUGGAGAAAGAAUAAAGAAGCUUCAGAUAUGUUGGAAACAACUAAAACCACUGAAAUAGAUGCAGAAAUUAAGCGGGAACAGGUGAUAUCAAAUGCCAGAACAAACUGGGAGUUAUUGCGCUCACAGACUAGAAUCAUGCCUGGGACCAACAGUUUGUGUGGUUCUUUAAGAGACUUAAGGUUUGAAACAGAAAAUGAUGUAACACAUGAACGCUGUGUCCAGAGUGAUUCAGGCAUCAGUGUGGGAUCAUCCUCUAACAGCUCUUACUUCCAGAGUGUCAACCACAAUGUUCAUGCUCAUCCACUUUCUGCAGCCGAAAUAAGGAGACAAAGAUUUUCACGUAAAACCUGUUCACAGGAUUCAGAGUUUUCUCAGACAACAAAUUCAUCAUCUGGAGCUGCCAGUAUAGAAUUUUUUAAGCUCCCUCCAAUAUUUUCUCCCUUACUGUCAGGCACAGAUAAUCAGCAGGAAAAUUUAACUUCCCAGAGUGGAAAAGAAAGUGAUGAAUUGCUCACCAGAAAUGACAGUUUGAAGCGUUACGAUAGUCUGUCAAGUGUAGAGCCAAAUGUGGACAGUUCAGUGAGCUCAUUUCCCAGUGAUACCAGCAGCAGCAGUGAGGAACAAGAGUCAAGUGAAGAAGCUGUCUCAGCAUCUGAAGUGCAAUGUAGACCAGGUGACGUGACAAGCACCACCAGGAGCUCCACCCACUGCCAGAAACAUACAGGUCACAGAGCACAUACCCGAGUUAGCACAGCAAGAAAUAGGCUAAAAUUUUCAGCCUUACCUGGAAAGAUACGUGAACAAGGUGGAGAUUAUCUUAUAGAAAUCAGUGGUCAGUGCCUCAAUGUGUAUGGACAAGGAGCUCUGCGCUUCAUUGAUCGGCCAUGGAAUUCAGGAAAAGCAGCAGAAGUGUAUACUGUAAAAUUCAAUUAUAUAAAUUUUAAUCACAUCAUUUCAGUAUUUGGAAGACUGAAGCAGCGCUUUCAAAAUGUUGAAAACUUUGUAUUUCAAGAAACAAAUAUUCAUUGUCUGGGUCAGAUUAAUGCUCUAGCUGAUGUGCAAGGUCUGACCUCUCUGCAUAUUGAGAGUGAAGGGAACCCCAUAACACAAAAGGAUUGGAUUAAAUAUGCUAUUUACCGACUUUCACAUUGGGGACUUAAAGUUAUAAAUGGAAAAGAGGUAAAGGAUGAAGACAUAGCUGAAGCAUCAGAAGAGUUCCAAGGCUUAAGUGACAUAAUUCUGUGGUCCCUGCCUGAGAGCCUUUUGCAGCCACUUCUUGGUCGCUUGCAGAUUACUGGUACACAGCAACAGCAUCAACAGAUGUCAGCGAAACAGUGGCUAUGGACUGCUGAUCCUGCUUUGCGGAGCGUUGUGGGGAAAGAAGCAUUGCAGUGGCGGAGAUCUUCUCUGACCCAGGAGGACGUGUUAUGGAGGCACAGAGGACGAGUGCAUUUGGCAUAUCUUUUGGAGGUGGCUUGUGCUGCUGUAGAGAAACUUCAUAUGUUGGAGGCACAGUGGCCCAGUAUAUUGGCUGAGCUUGUCAGAGAUACACUUGUUGAUUACUCUCAUCUUGAUUCUUACAUGAAACAGUGUAUGCAGAAACUUAAAGUGUAGACUGAAGAAUCUAUAUAUGUAAUUGUAUACAUUGUUGGAUUCCCUUACUUUUGCCUGUUUAGAUGAGAAUGAAACUGCAUUUUUGCAGUUAUUUUCAUGAUUCAUUAUUUUCAUCCUACACUGAUAAGAUUUCAUCAACUUCAGUGCCAGUUUACUUUUUGCAGUAAUGAUAGGCUUUAUUAUCAACUCACUUGUUACUUUAUCAACUUAAAUUGUUUAAUGAUUGACCAUUAAAUUUUGUUUAUUUCAUUGUGCAUUCAUAUUCCUGAAAAUGGUUCAACAUCAUUAUUAUAAAUGUCAUAUGACAUGUGAAUUUCACUGCAACUUGGUUCGUUCCCUUUUCUUUUAUAGAAUAUGAACUGAAUUCUAUAAAUUUAUAGUCAUGAAAUUCUGAAAUGAUUUAACUGGAAUUCAGUGUUUUUUAUGUUAUAAUGUUUUACUGAUUAUGUGAAUUGAAACUGAUGUUCCAUAAUGUUUGAUUGAAUAAGCAUAUGAUUAGAGAGAUUGUGAAGUUUAAAACUAUCAAAUAAAAUCAAACAUCAAGCAUAUAAAAGUGGGAGAAACUUUACUCACUUUAAAGGGAAAGUAUGGUGAGACACACAAGAAUGUUAAGAGGUAAACAUUAUAUUUCAACAUUUCUAAAAACAAACAAUGUUCUUUCCAGAUUCCAGAUAGAAAGAGAAAAUGUAUGAAAUUGGAAAAAGAAUGAGUAAAAAUCUAGACACGUGCAGUUAUAGAAAUGAAGUAUAAAAAAUUAUGGGGCUAAUUAUAAAUCAUAGGCAUCUCCACAUGAUUAAAAUGUGAUACUUUAUUGGUUUUCAUCACUUAUGGUGUCAACAAAGCAACUGUGACAUCAUAUUUCCCUACAUAAUUACUACAGAUGUAGACAUCAGAAUGUUUUGCAAACUUGCUUUCAUACAUCACUCAACUCUGUUGUACAACUAUUAUGAUAAAUAACUGUAAUGAAUGGAAAAGCUUAAACCAUUAACUUACCAUACAAUAGUAACUUAUCACAACCCACAAGCUGGUUUGAAUAUCACAGUGCUUUAGUACCCAUAGUCCUAUUAGAAGUGUAUAUCCUUGUAUCAUACCAACUUUUGAAUUGACUAACAAGUUAUGUGAGAACCUACAAUUUAAUAUUGAUUCUAAAUCAUGUUCCGAGUUAGCAUAUUUCAGAUUAAAAAAUCUGGUUUGAAAACAAAAAUAUAAUCUUAUUGUAGUGUCACAAAGUGAUACUAAGAAGCACUGAGAUAAAAAAAUAUAACAAACCAUUCUUUUAAUCUGUAUUUCUGAAUGUAUCACAAUCUUCACUUUACCUGUAUAUCUCAAGAAGGAAAUGUGAUGAAUAAAUAUCCCUGUAAGUGAAGAACGUUUCUUUGUUUCACAUUUUUGGAUGUGUCACUAUCUUUACUUUACCUACGUAACUAAAGUCAGAAACAUAAGUGUCCACUACAUCAAUUUUUUUUAUUUCUCACUUUUGGAUGCAUUACAACUUCAACUUCAGCUAUAGCACUCAAGUCAAGAAGGUAAUAGAUGUCUUUCCACAGGGGAUUCCAGUUUUACUUAAAUAUUGUAUUAGUACCUAAGUUUUAUAUCUCGAGUAUAAUUAAAUGAAGAUUUUGUGACAAGUGCAUCCUUCCCAACCACUAUUUCUGGACAUGUGGAAACAUAUGGUUUCAAAGUAAUUACAUUGACUGGGGUUGUGCAGCUAACAGUCUCUAUGCUACUUACAUCAAUGGUCAAAGUUGAUGGAACGUAUUGUAAACAAGACUACUGCUUUUAUGAGGCUUAGCAACGAAACUUACUCAUUAUUGAGGUUGACAGCAGGUGUGAAGAGAGUAUUUUGCCUCAUACUUGAGAGACUAUCUUUCUGACACAAGAAAAAGGAGAAAAAACAACAAAUGUUACACUCGGAGUACUGUGGUAAUCACCACCUCCCACUGGGGUGAGGAUGGGGAUGAGGAUGAAAAUGGGGUGAGACAGGAGAUGGACAGAGAGGAGGUGUGGAAGGAAGACUGUGUGAGGGGGCAGGUGAACAAUGAAAAGGUGUGAGGUGAAAGAAGGAGGUGUAAGGAGGUAGGUGUGGAAGUGGGAGGGGGUGUGAGGAGACAGAUGGAUAGGGACAAAUUCUGGGGAGGCAGGUGUAAGAGGAACAGAGUGUGAGGAGUUAGUUAGAAGAGAGGGAGAGCGAGAGAGAGUGAGAGAGAGAGAGAGAGAGGGGGGGGGGGGGAUUUGUGUGCCAGCCCUCUCCAUUUAUCCUUUUUGGCAAUUUAAGUAACACUACAUUUAUUUGUCCAUGUCAACAACUUCAGGGUUUAUUGAAAUAUGGAAGUGGGCAGUUGUCUCGCAUGAGUUGUAAAUUUGGAGCAACUUUUAAACUCACAUACUUUUAAUUCUGGUUGGCCAUUGUUGAUGUAAUAUUCUGCAUACGAAAGGAUUCCAGCUUUACAGCUUUGUAGUUUUUACAUGUCAGUUCACUACUGGCAUUUAAUUGUGCCCUUGAACCAUUCUUUCUUCCUUCAGUCUUAUUCAUAUUCAAUCUUUACUUGUGAGUAUUUAUAUCAAAUAUGUCACAAUAAAAACUGGUACACACAGAUUUGUGCACCUAUUUUCUUCUGUAUUCUGGUAAAUGAAUUUUAAGUAAAAUGCAAUACAUGUAACAAAUCGUGUAAAAUGUAUUUGUUAUAACCUGCUUAAAAUUUUUUGCAUUAUCUGCAUGUAUGUGAAUAACUUUGUUUUGAAAUAAAAACAUAAUACUUAUGAAAAUGAAGGCAGUCUGUUCCAAAGUGCAUAUCUGUGAAAUCAAAAUCAGCUGCUAGGUGACAUUCAGUAUUGUUUUUCUCCACUCUGUGCAUUUUAACAAGCUUGGACCCUCCUUGGCAUGCUUUCCACAAGUUGGUUUAGAUGUAAUUUCUCAAGUGCAUUCCAUGUUUUGACAAUGGUUCUCCAGAGGUUAUCCAGCAUGUGAGCAGGAUUACUGUAAUGACAUAUGACAAAUUUCAACUGGUUCCAAAUAUCCCCAAUUAGGUCCUAUACAGUAGACACCAUAGGUCAUUGCAAAUCUACUGAUUUGGACCUAAUUGGUGAUGCCUCUGGGAGGAAUACGUUUAAGAGAUGAGCAUGAAUACAGCACUGAAAAUUUGAUUGUAUGAUGGGAGGAUUCUGCCCUAAUACUUUAGUCUCCAAAUGACUUCAGUAGUGAUGAGAGACAUGUAACAUCCAUACAUAAUACUGGCUCAAAAUAUGAUAGAGCCAUCUCCUGCUGAACUCAUGGUAUUGCAUGCCAGAGAUGUGUAUUAGUACCUAGCCACCUCCACACACACUUUUACAACAGUUAUCAGGAAUCAGGCAAGUCCUACACUUGUCAGUGAAGAGAACAUAACACUGUUGAUCCAGAUUCCAUUCUAGGUAUUCCCUUGCACACCAUCUUUGUACUCCGCACUGGUGAGGGCAAGUACUGUUGUUUUAAUGGACAUCCAGAUGUCAUAUUGAUCAUGUGUAGAUGGUUAUGUGCUGUGUACGUAACAAAGACAUCCCAGCUGACUCAAAAAAGAAGCACACAGUUCUGUUGCACUCUCCUCGGGGUACUUAUGAGCAAUAAUCUGUAGAUAGUAAUCAUCAGCUGUUAUUAUUGAUCAUGAGUAUAACAACAAGGAGGCAGAUCUCAUAUGUUUUGUGUCUCAUAUUUUUAACUGAACGUUUAAAUGACCUCGCUGUGGUGUACACCAAUCCAGCGGACAACUGGCCAUCCUGACAACCAUUUGUGCAAUAAGUUACAAUGGUGUGCACAAUAUAAGCUUUAAAUAACCCUUUGAGUCAUGACAACAGACUAAACCAUGUACCCACACUGCAUUGUCCUGUUCACAGUUGUAAAUAUGGUGCGCUCAGCUGACCUGCACUGAUAAUAAAAGUUUUCUUUUACCUCCAUUACAUAGGUAGCUGUGAUCAAAAGAAUAUUGAGGGAAAAAGUUUCUGAUACAUAAAACACAAACUAUGGAAGACAUGAAGAUAAUGCAAAACUUUUUGAGCAGUUUAUUUCUUACAAUCUUAAGUCUUUUGAUGAACCAAAGAAAAAUAAUUCAGCUUUUACAAAUGACCAGUUUCUUGUCUUUCAGCUUUCACUGAGUAUUUUGUAGUGAAUAUAUUUCAUGAAUGUGAAGUUCCUACAUAUUUUACAAAUAGCUUUGAGUCACAUAAAGUUUGUAAUUUUAAGAAAUUUAUACUCUUUUACUCAAGCAAAUGUAGUGAAUAAAUUUUAUAGAGUUUUAAAUGUGAGAAUUAAAGCAUAAUAUGUCAUUUUUGUAAAUGUUUUCUAGAGCUAUCCAUUUCUUGAAAUAUGAAAUUUGUUCACCUUCAUAAAUAUCUGGCAGGAAAUGUAUCUUUCAUCACAUUGUUACAUAUAUAUAUAUUUGUAUAUGAAUAAAUAUUUUGGU